GUUAAACAGGAUUGGACGGAACAUACAUAUUGUGGCAAAAUAUCUUUUAGCUCUCGAAAAUUACUUGCAAAAUGGACAAGUGUUUCUUUCUCAUCGUUGCAGACAGGCAUUCUCCAAUCUUUGAUCACACCUCCCCCGCCGACGCUACGUCAAUUUCGAGAUGAAUUUCCAGGAGCGAAUUGUAUCCUGCUGGAUAUCGACAAAACUGCCGAGACGGUCAAAUCACUUAUCGUCUUACUUCCUGAAAUCGAAGUCAUUAUGGAUUUCACUGGAAAAUUUUAUACUCAAAUUUUACGUUGGGUCCCUACUCGCCAACCAGCGGCGACGGUCGAGCUGAAAACAAAACGUCUUAACCUGGUCGAAUUGAGCACUAUUUGGAACGCAAAUAAUUCCGUGAUGCCAGUGCUGAUUAAUGUUCUGCCCCCAAAAGAUGGACAAAACAUUGUCAAAGAUGCCGCACAAGCGGUCAAGAAGAAGGGGGCAAAAGUCAUCGACGCCCUAAAAUCAGAUAAUAGAACGCAACUCAUAAGAUUCAAACCAGGUCCGAAAUUUUCUGCUACUGUCGCCAGUGGAUCGCGAAGAUCUCUGCCCGCCUCGUUGGGAAAAGCGGAAAAUUCACUGUCCAGAUUAGAACGUGGCCAAGAACAAUCAGACCACUUCUUUUUUUCUUCACCACUUCUUGGUCACCCCCAAAACGACGAAGUGGAAAUAACCUUAUCCAGCCUUAUCUUCUGGCUUCGGUCGAACUGUUGCUUUUGUUUCGGCCCAACGCCCCUCCCUACGCCGCAAUUCCUCUCGGAAGGCCAACUUCUCAGCUACAUCCGCGGAAAACAGCAUGACUACACGCGUCGAAAGUUGGAUACCGUUUUUGAAGAAGGGGAACAAAACUUGCUCCGUUUCAAGGGAAAUUCCACCAGUGAAGAAGAAGCCGCGAUUCGUGCGAAAUACGAAGAUAUGAAAAAAGAUAAGACAGCCAAGUACAUGGAAAUUUUUGCUAAAAAUAAGGAGAACCCUUCCACCGUGGAUCUCGUUCUAAAAGGUCAAGCUAGUCGUGAGAAGACUGCGUUGGAAAAUAUUAAACGCGUUGAUACCGAUUUGGCCAAAGAGUUGGGAGAACUUAGGAGGAGAUGCGACGCUGAGAGGAAACUUGAAGGGGAGGCUGACCACUAUGAGAGAGUCGUUAAAGCAGAACUUGACCUUUUAAGGAGAGCUACACUCAAAUUUCAGGAAAUGUAUGACCAAUUGUAUGCAGAAAAUGAGUCAAAUUGGGUUGCAACUUGAUAUUCUUAACACUGAUUUCUUUUACCAAAUCUACACCGUACUUUUUAAUUGAAAUGUUUUAUGAAAUUGUUUUUUGAAAUGUUUUUUAUUGGGGAUACUUUAAAAAAUGCUUUGUCAAAAUAUACAGUAUUUUGAGCUCCGUUCUUCCCUCGGUUAGGAUUUCCAGGGCUGUUACACCCACAAAAAGAUGCAAAUCCAUGUGGAGAGUUGGAGAGUGCAACAAUCAUACAAAAAUAUAUUUUGUGAAGAAAUUAACUAUCGCUCUCAAAAUAUCAUAUUUAGAAAAUCGAGUAAUUUGAUUAAAAUUAUUUGAUCGUAAAUUAUUUUCGGUUUUCAAACCUUGACAAAAGAUAAAAGUUAAGAUUUUCGAAAAGAUUUUUUUUGUGGAAAAGUUUGACACCGAAAAUAAAAGAUUUUGUGAAUUGUAA